AUGAUUGCGGCCUACCUGCGCGAGGCCAACUUGCAGGCCGUGGCCGCCCAGCUAGAUCGGUCCCUGGAGCGCCGGCUACAGGUGGCCGCCUCGCGGCCCGGGUCGCGCGCUGCCCUGCGCGCGGCCAUCCGUGCCGGCGACUGGCCCGAGGCCGAGCGCCUGGCCGUGCUGCUCGGGCUGGCCCCGGCCGCCGGGCUACCCAUCGAGGCGCCGGUGUCCGGGUCCGUGGCACCGGGCGGCCCUGCCGGCGGGAUGGCCCCCGGCGCGGGUACUUCCGCCAUCAGCAGCGGGGGCAUUCCCGGCGCGGCCGGCGCCACUGGCAGCGCAACCGCCGCGGCCGCGGCCGCUGCCGCCAUCCCCCAAGCCGGCCCCCCUGCGGACGAGCACCAGCCCCCCCUGCCCGAGCUCCUGGCCGCGCUGGAGCUGGCCCCGCCGAGUUCCUUCCUCCUGUACACGCUACUGCGCCAGCAGUUCCUGGAGCUGGUCGACCUCGGCGAGCCAUCCCGCGCCCUGGCUCUGCUCACGCACCGGAUCAAGCCCCUCUGGCCACCGGGCCCGGCGCCGGCCUACUGCGCGCAUCGCUUUCACCCGGACGACUUCCGGGAGCUCUGUCGUGUUCUCACCUGCGCCUCGGUGGCCGAGGCCCCGUACUUGGCUGAUUGGCCCGGCGUCACUGGCGGCCGUGACCGGAUCAUUGUCCUCUUCAGCCCGGACCUGGUGGAUGAGGUUGCCACCGGGCAGCUCCUGGGCCAUUGGGGCAAGUGGGCCGAUGAUGAGCUCGCUCCACCACCCGCGCGCCUGGUCACCCUGCUGAAGCGUGGCGUGGCAUUCCGCCUUCAGCAGCACCAGUAUUCCCCGUCCGAUGUGUGCCAGACCAGUUCACGGGGCUACUCACAGUCGUGA